AUUGUACCAGAAUAAAAUUCUGUAAAGAGAUAUACAAACUCACGUUGAAAAUAAAAAUAAUUAUUAAUAAAGGUGUUGUUAAAAAGAUAAUUUGAUUUAACAAUAUAUAAGCUUAAAUUUGAAGCUUUAGUAUUACUGCAAUACUAAAUCAUCUAAGUUCAUCAUGGUGAAACGCUUCAAAAAGUUUGGAACCGGCGAAGGAAGUCAAUAUGUGACUCGAUUGGCCGCUCUUAAUAAACUUCAACUUUCUCUGAAUGAUUUUCGCCGAUUAUGCAUUUUGAAAGGAAUUUAUCCACGAGAGCCAAAAAAUCGAAAGAAGGCUCAAAGAGGAAAUACAGAAAUCAAAAUUCUUUAUCAUAAAAAAGAUAUCAAUUUCCUAAUGCACGAGAAACUUGUAUGGACUCUCCGUGAAAUGAAGAUUAUGAAUCGUAAAAUCAAAUAUGCCGAUUCUAUUAAAGAUAUGAGAUUGAAGAGGAUGCGUUUGAAUAAAUAUCCUGAACUUAAGCUUGAUCAUGUCGUUCGUGAACGUUAUCCUACUUUCAUUGAUGCCAUCAAAGAUUUGGAUGAUUGUCUUACACUUCUUUUUCUGUUUACAAAAAGCGAAGUUGAUUUUCGUAUAAUGGCAGUUUUUAUUGAAUUUUACACAAUCAUGUGUGGAUUUGUGAACUUCCGUUUAUUUCAUUCUUUAAAUCUUUUAUAUCCACCACAAUUCAACGUCUCACUUGACAGUGAUGAGUCGCAGAAAAAUGAAAACUCUUUCGUUUCGGAACGAAUUGCAGCUUUGAAUGUCGAUUUAGUUAAAACAACAGAAGAUGAAAUUGAAGAGUUGGAAGAAAUGGAUUUACAAUUGAUUUCCAAUGAAGGUGACUCUGAAAAAGUUCGAAAAAUGCAUGAACGUGACCAAGAAAAGAAAAGAUUGAAGAAUCUUUUCAAAGGAUUGAAAUUUUUCAUUAACCGUGAAGUUCCUCGUGAGCCUCUCGUGUUUAUCAUUCGUUGCUUCGGUGGCAAAGUUUCUUGGGAUAAGAAUUCCUUCAUUGGAUCAACUUUCGAUGAAGAUGACGAGACAAUCACACAUCAAAUCGUUGAUCGACCAACAUUAGGCAAACAAUACAUAAGUCGUGAUUAUAUUCAACCCCAAUGGAUCUUCGACUCGGUAAAUCAAUCAAAGUUGCUGCCAACUAACAAAUAUUUCAUAGGAGUAACAUUGCCUCCACAUUUGUCACCUUUCGUGAACCGGGAACGUGAAGAAGCUGAUUAUAUUCCGCCUGAAGAAAAAGCACUUCGCGAUCCUAAUUUGAUUGUAACUCAUGAACAAUCUGAGGAUGAAGAGAAAAAUAUCCCAGAACCUGAACUUGAUCAUGUGUUGGUAAAAGCUUUUCGUGAGGAAAAUAAAGAAAUUCAUGCUGCAAACUAUAAGAAUGAUAAGAAAGCUCAACCAAUUGAAGACGAAGAAUCAGAAGAUGAAAUUGACGUGGAUGACAUGCUCGGCAAUUCAGAUGAUGAGGAAGAUGAAGAGCAAGCAGAAGAAGAUGAAGAAGAAAAACCAGUCCAACUGACGAAGGAACAGAAACGAGAACUUGAAAAGCAGAAAAUGGCUGUAAAAUCAGGAAAAGUCUUCAAAGUUGACGGAAAGAAGGAAAAGAAAUUGACCGAGCAAGAACUUAAACUUCGUGCUAAAAUGGUCAAAUCAAGACACAAAAAACUUUAUUUUAAACUUCUUGAUCAACGUGAAAAAACUAAUAAAGAAACAAAACUUCUUGAUAAUAAGCGCAAACAAAUCGACGCUCAAAGAAAAAAAGUUAAAGCCACAAAAGCCAAGAAAUAA